AUGCUGCGGGUGCUCCUGAUAUCGGCUUUCAUCCUCGCCGUCUGCAAUGGCCAGAUGAUCAAGCAGUGUACAUGCGAACAGUUGGCACCUUGCUUGAACGUCAAUGCCGACACAUUCUUCAAGUGUGGUCAACAAUGCCAGCGUCAUGCCACGGAUAUGAACUUCAGCUAUGGCUCUGCUAGUCAGUGUUUCGAACAAAUUCGUGGGCAAAUGGAUCGUGCUAUUCAAUGUUACAAUAAAUACAUGGAACAAGGAUGUGCCAGAGGAGCACCGCAAAUGGUACCGAAGCGAUAUGGGGAAACGCUCAAGCUGGCCCUGUACAGUCGUAUCAGCAAUAUGAUGGACCGAACUGGUAACCUUGUACUUCAGAAUCUUACUGAGUUACUCAUUGUGUUGGAUCAACUAUGUGAGUGUUGGUUUUCAGGUGUUCGCCAGGAACUGAUGGACUUCUUCAAGGCAUCACAGAAGUUUUCUGGAUGUCAAUUCAAAUGUGUAGGCAAAAGUGCAACCUCAUGCAAAACAAAGAACAAUUGCGGCAUAGUGGAGCCACCAGACAAUGUUAUUGUGGACAAUAUGAUUCAAUGUGCAGUCCAGAGCGGAAUCGACACUCCAACCAUUCAAAGACUCUGUCAUUGUAUCACACAAGCUGGUAACCAGUAA